AUGCUAUGCUUACGCAGGGGCGGACUGAAAACUCAUGGGGCCCCCGGGCAAUAGGAGAUAAUGGGGCCCCUGUGCCCUUGCCCAAACUCAAAAAAGCCUAUGAAAAAGGUACCAGGGGCAUCUCAUGGGGCACCCUACAGAGCCCGGGCCCUCGGGAAGUGCCUGAGUGCCUAAAUGGUCAGUCCGCCCCUUGUCACAGCAGUAACAUGAUACAGACAGGACCAGUCACAGCCUAUAUAUACCAUGUGAUGAGCUUUGCCCAAUCACAGCUAAUUACAACAAAAAACUUAAUGAAUCAGUUUGAUUCAGUAAAA